AUGGCGAUCAGUAUCUGCACUGAACUUGCAAAUGUUCACAACAACAACAACAAUAUCUUCAACAACAAACUUGCAAAUAACCAAUAUCGAUCGAUCAUGAGCUUAUUGGUAGAAGGCGGAGAGUAUCGCGGCGAGUCUGGCAAGACUUAUCUCGCCGUUGGGCCACUUGGACAAGCCAAUGUCUGGACCGCCGUCGAAAAGGAAAACAAUGAAAACAUUGUCGUGCUCAAAGCACCUGCCUCUGAUGACACUGGAACGUCAUGGCCUCUCUUCCAGCACGAGAUGAUAAUGCACGAGCUGCUGAAGAACUGCCAAUCAGUACGAAAGCAAGUCGAUCGCAUCUCACCAAACGCGGAUUCCGGUAGUCCUCCAAUACUGGUCUUGGAAAUCUUCGAGACGACCUUAUGGCAUGCUCGGACCAAACGACCUUUCACAAAAGCAGAAGUCCGGUCAGUCGCAAGGCAAAUUCUGCAAGGCUUGAAGAGCGUCCACGACCAAGGUCUCGUUUAUGCCGACCUCAAAAUGCAGAAUGUCAUGCUCAAUGGUUUCGACACCACUGUACCUGGAGAUGGAAGCAAGCUCGAGGUCAAGCUUGGCGACCUUGGAAUCGUAAUGCAGCCAGCCAAAGGCACUGUCCAGCCUGUCGCAUAUCGUGCUCCUGAGGUCUUCUUCAAGGGCGAAAUUACUCCUGCUGUUGACGUGUGGGCUUUUGGUCUCGUCUACUGCCAUCUCAUGGAGGCCAUUAACCGCUUCGAGCGAACGGGUCUGUACGACGAUUUGUAUGUUGGAGGAGGCUCCAUGCGCGAACGCGAGCAAGCGAUGAGAAACGCCAUUGGCAACGACUACGAUCUCCAGAACAACGAUUACUACAAGAACUGUGCUUUGCCAUAUAGAGACAACCGCCAUGAACCCGGUCAGCAGUGGGACGAGCUGCGGAAACGAGGCCUGGAUGAGGAAGACGUCGAGUUCCUACAGUUCAUCCUUGCGUCAGACCCGAGAAGACGACCAUCAGCAGCUGAUGUUCUCGAGACGAAGAUUCUGGGUGGAGAGGGACUGGACGAGGCUCAGGUGCAAGGUAUUACCUCAAUUCCGCAAGACCCCACAGGCCAUCUCAUGCCACAAGUCGAUGGCUUGUCAGAGCAACACACCUUCAGUGCGGGGAACUCUGGUGGUAGCGCCCAGCGCCUGCGUCGUGAUGCAGGCAGUAUCUCACGAGAAAGUCCUGGAUCGAUAGAUCUACCUCCUCGACGUGAGUCACUUCUGCGCGGCGCAAGUCAGUCGGUGUCUACGCCGGGUAUGACCUUGCCUGGUGGAGCACAGACACCAGCAUUACCACCCGCACAGAGACAAGAUGGCAUAGAUGAUGUGCAUGGUGGUGUCAGGGCACACCCACUUGUCAGAAGUGCUGUCCAAGCUGGUAUCGACGAAUCACAGCGAGAGGCGAGCAGGUUGAAGACUGUCGACAGUUCCAACGAGCAAGUAAGCAACAGCCACGGCGGAGGCGUUCCAUUUGCCUUGUCAGAUGGCUUCAACGAGCACAAGUGUGUGGGCGGAGAGUCGAACAUCUCAAAUGGACUGGUUGCAAAUGCAGGACAACUGGACGCGGCAACGGAUGGGCUACCACAGCCGUUACCUAGCCAUCUCGGUCAGAACUCAUCAUCUGGAGGCACCUACCUUUCUUACCGUUGA